CUGCGGCGGGCUUCCUUUAUUUGGCUUUUUCUUUGGAAUUUGAGUGACUGAACGUAUAACUGGGACCAUUUGCUUACAUCUUUUCUGGGUUUUGUUGUUGUUGUUGUUUUUGCUGUUGUUGUUGUUUUGUUUUCACGGUUGAAAACAUCAGAGUGGCAACUGUGGACGGGCUGCUGACCACCAAGUCGGGCUGUGUUUGCGAGGUGCGGAAAAGAACAUGUAAGAAUCUGCCGGCUCCCCCCAGUUCCUUUUGGAUUCACAGCCAAAAUGCAGAAAGGGAUGAGACUCAAUGAUGGCCAUAUCACCUAUCUGGCUCUUUUGGCGAAGAAGGAUGGUACAAGGCGAGGUUGCCUGAGUAAGAAAAGCUCUGACAAUACAAAAUGGCAUGCAAAGUGGUUCGCUUUGUUGCAGAAUAUGCUGUUUUAUUUCGAAAAUGACUCCAGCUCACGCCCCUCCGGACUAUACCUGUUGGAGGGAUGUGUUUGUGACAGGGCGCCGUCACCAAAGCCAUCUCUGUCAGCGAAGGAAUGCUUAGAGAAGCAGUAUUACUUCACUGUCACUUUCAAUCAUGACAACCAGAAGGCUUUGGAGCUGCGCACAGAAGACGUCAAGGACUGUGACGAGUGGGUGGCAGCGAUCACGCAGGCCAGUUACAGGAACCUGGCUACAGAGCAUGAGACCCUCAUGCAGAAGUAUCUCCAUCUACUCCAAAUAGUGGAGACUGAGAAAACGGUUGCUAAGCAACUUCGACAACAGAUAGAGGAUGGGGAAAUCGAGAUAGAGCGACUAAAAUCAGAGAUUGCUGGACUGCUUAAGGACAACGAGAAGAUCCAGUCAAGUCCAGAGGUCCCGCCCAGUGAUGAUGACACUGAGAUCAAGAAGAUCAAAAAGGUCCAAAGUUUCCUGCGUGGUUGGAUCUGCCGCAGGAAAUGGAAAACCAUCAUCCAGGACUACAUACGUUCACCACAUGCUGAGAGCAUGAGAAAGAGGAACCAGGUGGUGUUUAGCAUGCUGGAGGCCGAGGCUGAAUACGUCCAGCAGCUCCACAUCUUGGUCAACAACUUCCUGCGGCCACUCCGCAUGGCUGCCAGCUCCAAGAAACCACCUAUUACCCAUGAUGACGUCAGCAGCAUCUUCCUCAACAGCGAAACCAUCAUGUUCCUCCACCAGAUCUUCUACCAAGGCCUCAAGGCCAGGAUAGCCAGCUGGCCAACACUGGUUCUAGCUGACCUAUUUGACAUCCUGCUGCCCAUGCUGAAUAUCUACCAGGAGUUUGUGAGGAAUCACCAGUACAGCCUGCAGAUCCUGGCUCACUGCAAGCAGAACCGAGACUUCGACAAGCUGCUGAAGCAGUAUGAGGCCAAGCCCGACUGCGAGGAGAGGACGCUUGAGACCUUCCUCACCUACCCCAUGUUUCAGAUCCCUCGUUACAUCCUGACCCUGCAUGAGCUGCUGGCUCACACCCCCCAUGAGCAUGUGGAGAGAAACAGUUUGGACUAUGCCAAGUCAAAACUGGAGGAGCUUUCCAGAAUCAUGCAUGACGAGGUGAGUGAGACUGAGAACAUCAGGAAGAAUCUGGCAAUUGAACGAAUGAUCGUUGAGGGCUGUGAAGUGCUGCUGGACACCAGCCAGACCUUCGUCAGGCAAGGUUCCCUGAUCCAGGUGCCAAUGAGUGAGAAGGGGAAGAUCACGAGGGGGAGGCUUGGCUCUCUAUCUCUGAAGAAGGAAGGGGAGAGACAGUGUUUCCUGUUUUCCAAACAUCUCAUCAUCUGUACCCGAGGCUCUGGGGGAAAACUCCACAUCACAAAGAAUGGAGUGGUCUCUCUCAUAGACUGCACACUGAUGGAGGAGACUGAGGGGACAGAUGAUGAGUCCAAAGUGGAGAAGAGUGGCCAGGACACAGAGCAUCUAGACUUUAAAGUGAUGGUCGAGCCUAAAGACAGCCAGUCCUUCACCGUUAUCCUUGUGGCCUCAUCCCGACAGGAGAAGUCAGCUUGGACAAGUGACAUCAGCCAGUGCAUUGACAACAUCCGCUGCAAUGGGCUGAUGAUGAAUGCCUUCGAGGAGAACAGUAAAGUCACCGUGCCACAGAUGAUUAAGUCGGACACCAGCCUGUACUGUGAUGAUGUUGACAUCCGCUUUAGCAAGAUGAUGAACUCCUGCAAGGUGCUGCAGAUCCGCUACGCCAGCGUGGAGCGCUUGUUGGAGAGGCUGACCGACCUGCGCUUCCUUUCCAUCGACUUCCUCAACACCUUCCUGCACUCUUAUCGCGUCUUCACCAGUGCCGACGUGGUGCUGGACAAGCUCAUCACCAUCUACAAGAAGCCCAUCAGUGCCAUCCCUGCACGGUCUCUGGAGCUGUUCUUUGCCAGCAGCCAGAACAGCAAACUGCUGUAUGGCGAGCCACCCAAGUCACCACGUGCCAGCCGCAAGUUCUCCUCCCCUCCGCCCCUCUCCAUCACCAAGAACUCCUCGCCCAACCGCCGGCGCAAGCUCUCACUCAACAUACCUAUCAUCACAGGGGGCAAAGCCCUGGACCUGGCCGCUCUCAGCUGUUCCCCCAAUGGCUAUGCAAGCAUGCACUCCACUAUGUCGCCCUUCAGCAAGACCACCCUUGACAUUAACAAGCUCUACAUCUCCAGCACCAUGGCCAGCAAAAUUCCUGAUGAGGGGGAACCCAAAGCCGAAGGCAAGGCUGAAGACAGCAAGCAAGAUCUGACAGAGGAAUGUGAUGAAGAUCCAAGUCAAAGUGAUGAGGCAGAGGCAGAGAUGUCCCCACCCAAAUCACCAACUACACCCAAGAAUGUCAAAUCCAAAAACUCAGAGUUUUCCCUGUUUUCCUUCAACAAUGGCAUGGUCGUGUCAUCCUGCCGGGAGCUGGACAACAACCGCAGUGCCCUUUCUGCCGCCUCGGCCUUUGCCAUCGCCACUGCUGGUGCUAAUGAAGGCACGCCCACCAAGGAGAAGUACCGCCGCAUGUCCCUCGCCAGCACAGGUUUUCCCACGGACCAGAGGAAUGGGGACAAAGAGUUUAUCAUCAGGAGAGCUGCCACCAACAGAGUCCUCAAUGUGCUGCGUCACUGGGUCUCCAAACACUCCCAGGACUUUGAAAUGAACACAGAGCUGAAGAUGAGGGUCAUCAGCUUCCUGGAGGAGGUGAUGCAUGACCCAGAACUCCUGACACAAGAGAGGAAGGCCGCUGCCAACAUUAUCAGGACUCUGACUCAGGAGGACCCCGGUGACAACCAGGUCAACCUAGAGGAGGUCACACAGAUGGCCAUGGAGGAUUGUAAGACUGAGCCUUUUGAGAACCACUCUGCCCUGGAGAUCGCUGAGCAACUCACUCUGCUGGACCACCUUGUCUUCAAGGUCAUCCCAUAUGAGGAGUUCUUCGGUCAAGGCUGGAUGAAGAACGACAAGAACGAGAGAACUCCUUACAUUAUGAAAACAACCAAACAUUUCAAUGAUAUCAGCAACCUGAUUGCCACAGAGAUCCUGCACUGGGAUGAUGUGAACAUGCGGGUGGCGGUGAUAGAGAAGUGGGUGGCGGUGGCCGACAUCUGCCGCUGUCUCCACAACUACAACGCUGUGCUGGAGAUCACGUCCUCGCUCAACCGCAGCUCCGUCUUCCGCCUCAAGAAGACAUGGCUCAAAGUCUCCAAGCAGACCAAGACAGUGAUUGACAAGUUACAGAAGCUAGUGUCAUCCGAGGGAAGAUUCAAAAACCUGAGAGAGGCUCUGAAGAACUGUGAUCCUCCAUGCGUCCCAUAUCUGGGAAUGUACUUGACUGACCUGGCCUUCAUCGAGGAGGGAACGCCCAACUACACUGAGGACAACCUGGUCAACUUCUCCAAGAUGAGAAUGAUAUCUCACAUAAUCAGGGAGAUACGACAGUUUCAGCAAACGGCUUACAAGAUAGAUUAUCAGCCAAAGGCUGCACAGUAUUUGCUGGACAGCAGUUCAGUGCUGGAUGAGGAGAGCCUGUAUGAUGCCUCUCUGAGAAUUGAGCCCAAAACUUCGUCAUGAAGAGGAUCACUCUGUCUCUCUUUCUCUCUCUCUCUCUCUCGCUCGCUCUAUUUCU